CGAUCUGUCAGUGUCAUCUGUCAGAAUAUUGAAGUAUAAAGUAUACCUAACCAAAAAUACAUACAAAUUAAAAUCUUGACAUAAAAUGAAAUCCAUGUAAUGCAGAGUACAAUAAGAUAAUUAUUAUUGUAAAAACCUGAGUGUUCUGUAUGGUGCUAGGGUUAUAGCUACGUGUUGAUUUGAUGCGAUGUAUGUAUGGUACUCAGGCUCACUUGACUCAAAGUAGGUACUCUGGCUAUAGAAGUAUAGAGUGAGAAUUUAAUAAUGUUACCCUUACCUGCUGCUUUCGCCGGUUUGUUGAGAAGCAAUUGCCCUAGGUUUUUGAGAUAUCAAAAUUAUGCAACACGAAAGAGAUUUUAUAGAGGUACUGGAGUAAUUCAAAGCGAAAAGAAAUGGGAAGUUACUUUAGACCACCGACGACUGAAAACUCCUAAUGGCCAAGUGUUGAUGGUAAAUAGUGAACCUCUAGCUCGAGCUAUUGCAGCAGAAUGGGAUGCCCAAACUGAAGUAAUCACACAACCAACCAUGCACCUGACUUCACUAUGCAACACUGCACUAGACAAUCCUGGAAAGUUAACACCACAUGACAUAGCAAUUUACUUUUUAGAAUACUUUUCUACAGAUACUCUUCUAUUUUAUUCUGAUGAAGAAGAAGAGUUACGAAAAUUACAAGAAAGAAAAUGGGGACCUAUAAUAGAUUGGUUCCAGGAAAGAUUUGAUGUGGUCCAAGAGGUAUCUAAAGGUCUUGACCCGCCACCUGUAACAGCCAACACUAGAGCAGUUUUAGCUAAAUACUUUUUGUCAUAUGACUUCCCUGCACUAACUGCAAUGUCAUUUGGCGUGGAAGCUUUGAAAUCACCUUUGCUGAUGCUGGCUUGUGUAGAGCGACGCCUCGAUCCAAAGGAAGCAGUCCUUUUGGCUCGCCUAGAAGAAGAAUAUCAGUUAAUGCGGUGGGGGCGCGUCCCGUGGGCUCACGAGUUAAAUCAAGCGGAGCUGACUGCGCGUGUGGCAGCUUCUUUGUUAGUCAUCCACAGCUCUGCGGAACACCACUCGGCAAAAGCGAAGGCAACGCCUGAACGAAUGAGUCAAUAAAAUUAAAUACCGUAGACUAGAUUGUCGGCUAUCAUUUUAUUAGUUCAAUAAAUAUAACUUAGUUCGUUGUUUUCUAA